GCCUGUCAGAAGAUGGCGUCUCUGCUCAUCUGGUCCCUGUUUUACCACGUCUCCGUCUUUGGGUUCGCCAGCUCCACCCAAACCACGGCCUACAGCUGCUCUCUGCUGGGCCACUUUGAUCCAAGUUUCCAGGCUGAUGGAGAGUUUACCAUUGGAGGGCUGUUUCCCCUGCAUUACUGGGUGGAGAUGUCAAACUGGAAUUACACGCACAAACCAGCUGACGCGCAGUGCCUCGGGUUUGAUCCCAGGGCUCUCCGAUGGGCCCAGACCAUGAGAUUUGCUGUAGAGGAGAUCAACCGGAGUGAGAACCUGCUGCCCCAUCACACUCUGGGCUACAGGAUCUUUGACUCCUGCGCAACUCAUGUGGGAGGGCAGCGUGCAGUUCUGGGGACCCUGAAUGGACCUGAAUUAGCCAAGAGUCCCAUGUGUUCUAGUGCCGCACCUCUCUUGGCCAUAAUCGGAGAUUCCGGGUCAUCUCAGUCCAUUGUUGUCUCAGAUACUCUGCAGCCCUUCAGAAUUCCUAUGAUCAGCUAUUUUUCAAGCUGCUCGUGUCUCAGCGACAGAGAUAAAUACCCCACAUUUUUCCGGGUGAUUCCCAACGAUGAUUACCAGGUAAAAGCGAUUGUCCAGCUCUUACAGAGGUUUGGAUGGACGUGGGUGGGCAUAAUCACUGAAGAUGACGACUAUGGAAGGUACGCAGUGCAGGGUCUGCUGAAAGAAUUUAAAAGCACUGGGAUUUGUCUGGCCUACUAUGAAAUGAUACCCAAAGUGUACAACAAGAAGAGAAUCCAUGACAUCCUUCAGGUGAUAAAGCAGUCCACAGCAAAAGUUCUGAUCUGCUUUUCUGGUGAGGGGGAGCUGUUCCCGUUCCUGAAGGAGUACAUAGAGAAGAACAUCACUGGCAUCCAGUGGAUCGCCAGUGAAGCCUGGGUAACAGCCUCCCUCUUUGCAGGCAGUGAGUUCUACCCAUACUUGGGUGGUACCAUUGGGUUUGCAAUUCGCCAAGGGAACAUCCCUGGGCUGGGGGACUACCUGCUGACUGUGAACCCGCUGAGGUACCCCAACAACUCCCUGGUACAGGAGCUGUGGGCCGCUUUGUACGGUUGUUCCAUGCAGCCUCCUGGCAGCAGGAGCCCGGUCUCCCCAAAGCUGCCCUCCUGCACGGGGUCAGAGCACCUCCAGGAACAGUACCCUGUCUACCUGAACACCUCCAAUCUUCGCAUGUCGUACAAUGUGUAUAAGGCUGUGUACGCCAUCGCCCACUCCCUCCAUAACCUGCUCAGCUGUGAGCCUGGAAAAGGGCCUUUCCAGAACUCAUCGUGUGCCAAUACCACCAGCAUCUAUCCAUGGCAGAUGCAGCACUAUAUCCAAGAAGUGUCAUUUAUUGUUUCAGUAGAAGAGGUGAAUUUUGAUGAAAAAGGCGAUUCGAUUCCUUCCUAUGAUCUAAUGAACUGGCAAAGAGACACAUCAGGAAACAUCAAAUUUGUCAAUGUGGGAUUAUUCGAUGGUGCAAAGGAUGCUGGGGAGCAGCUCUUCAUUGAGGAGAAAGCAAUUAUAUGGACAGAUAAUAAACCAGAGGUGCUGCUGUCUGUGUGCAGUGACAGCUGCACUCCAGGAUCUAGGAAGGCUUUCCGUCGUGGGGAGCCUCUGUGCUGCUUUGACUGUGUACCAUGUGAUGAUGGCACGAUUAGUAAUCAGACAGAUUCAAUAGACUGCACACCUUGUCCCGAAGACUACUGGUCCAACGCAGCCAGGACAGAAUGCAUACAAAAGGCAGUUGAGUUCCUCUCCCAUGAUGCAAUGGGGCUGGCCCUGACUGUGAUUUCCAUAGCGGGAGCUUGCCUCACCGCCGCUGUACUGUCAGUAUUCACACACCACAGGAACACUCCCAUCGUUCGGGUCAACAACUCGGAGCUGAGCUACUUCAUCCUCCUCUCUCUAGUCCUGUGCUUCCUCUGCGCCCUACUGUUUAUCGGAGAGCCCACACCGUGGUCCUGCAUGCUGCGUCACACUGCCUUCAGCAUCACCUUCUCCCUCUGCAUCUCCUGCAUCCUGGGAAAGACUCUGGUUGUGUUGGCAGCUUUUACAGCAGCCAGGCCUGGCAACAACAUCAUGAAGUGGCUGGGACCCAAACAACAGAGAGUGAUCAUCUUCAGCUGCACCUUAGUGCAGGUCGUCAUCUGUGCCGUGUGGCUGGCUGCCGCUCCACCGUUCCCCUUCAAAAACACUCAGUACAGCAGGUCCAAGAUCAUCCUGGAGUGCAGUGUGGGCUCCAGCUUGGCCUUCUGGUGCGUUCUGGGAUACAUCGGCCUCCUAGCCUGCCUGUGCUUUGUCCUGGCCUUUCUCGCUCGCAAACUGCCAGGCAAUUUUAACGAGGCGAAGUACAUCACCUUCAGCAUGCUUAUCUUCUGCGCUGUGUGGCUCGCCUUCAUUCCUGCGUACAUCAGCUCACCUGGAAAGUUCACAGUGGCUGUAGAAAUCUUUGCUAUCCUAGCCUCUAGCUUUGGUCUGCUGUUCUGUUUGUUUGCUCCAAAAGUCUAUAUCAUUUUAUUAAAACCAGAGAGAAACACCAAACAGCAUCUCAUGGGAAAAGGAAAGUCAUAAUCCGGAGAAAUAUGCUAAGUCAGAAUAAUACAGGAACCUGUGUCAGCUUGUGGGUGGGUCCUCUGUCAAAUGACUUGUUUUUUUUUUUUUUUUUUACUUAACCCCUUCAUUUCUGAAGACUAAUUUACAGAAAACACGAACCAGUAUGUGAUGUGAAUAAUAUUACCCGUUCAUUUAAUUUAGAAACAUCCUAAGUAUUUUUACAACGCUAUUUUAACAUUGUAGAAUAAGAUGCUCAUAUUUUAAAAUAUCAGAAUUUUCACAUAUAGCUGAAAUAAAGCUUACAAAUAUUUACUUCAAAAGUAAUUUUUCUUUUGAUAUUGUCCCGCAUGAAAAAAAAAUGAAUAAGCAUCUUUUGAUAUCUUCUAAGCUGCUGUUUUUUUGUGUUUUCACCUUGUUUUCCUGUCUGAUGGUGAAUAUAGUGUCUGUCUGAACGCCACCUGUGACAAAACACCACAGAAAAUUGCACUGACUACAGGAAAAAAUGGAUUUAUAAUGAUCUGAUAGUUGUCAUGCUGCCCUGUCCAGCCCAGAACCAGCAUAGACCCUCAAAUAGACCUUGUUACACAUUUACUGCUCACACAAAGAGAAUGUGCAGAGAAGCAGCCAGCAAAUUUCUACUAUGAAAAAAAAAAACAUAGACUAGCAUGAUUUCCAUGAUGGUCUAUGCUAGUUAGUGCUGGUUUGGUGCUGGUGUAGCUGGUGUAGCUGGUGGGCCAGCAUAGCAUACAGUACAUGGUUCAUAACAGCCAUGGUUCAUGUCGGGCUAUCAAUCAUGUUUCUUAUUUCAGUUAUAUAUGACAACGCAGGAUGUUCACCUUAAGUCAGUGUUUUUUUUUUUGUUUGAUUAUCGCCACAUUCAUAACCAAAACACUUAACAUGUAAGACACUUAUGGGAAAAGCCCAUAGGAAAAAUAUUAAAAUUUACAUGAACUUUACAUUUCACCAUACAUGACAAGAUAUGGCUUUAGUAGGAAAUA